GCUACUGAUUUAGUGCUAGAGCAACUGGGAUCCGCUCGCUUGAUAACGAUGACCGGGUAUUUCUAUGCUACAGCGGUGGUCGUGAGCACCCUACGGCGAGAGGUGCUGGCUCAUGUUUGAUUCCGCAGCUCUAACUGGAGCUGUAACCGAUCGUUUUCUCCCUCACUGCGCGUGGUAUGCUGAACGUCUGAAUUUGAACUGGUUAUUUUUUUCCCGCAUUGUUGUCUAAUUGAUUUAAAUGCUUUAGCCUGCCGCUUAAUUAGGCUCAGUUUCUGUAUGUACUUAGAUCCUUCAACAAUGGGUUGUUGCAAAAAUAUGGGCUAAGGUACCAUGAUUUCCUACCGCUUAAUUUCAUGUCAAGUAUUUUUCCUCCUUAAUUUGGUUUGAUUUUUAGUUACUACUGUCAAUAAGAAAUUUUAAAGAGAGUGACACAUCUGCUUAAGCUUUUAUAUCUGAGUAGUGCAAUGCAAUGGUGUGAGCUAUCCCAAGUUUUGCAAAUAACCAAUACAAGUACAUUGAACUCUGUCCAUUGGGCGCUAAGAGGAGAUACCUCCUUAUCUGUUUAGUAACGCUCUUCUUUCUUCGUGGCUUAUGGUAACAUAAGUAUUUUCAUAUUUCCGUUUGUAUUAGUUCCAUGUAUUUCAAAUGAUUAAUUUAUGCAGUGUGUGUUCCGUUUUCCGAACUUUUACUAACGUGGCAGCAUAGAUGUUUGUUUGUUUCUCUCUUCAGGUAUGCAACGCUAUCCUGGACCAUACACUAUGAUGCGUCCAGUCUUUCCUCCACGCCCCAUGCCUCCAGUUGGUGUUAUGCCAAUUCAACGGCCACCCCUUAUGCCUGGGAUCCGUGGUGCUCCUCCUAUGGUAGCCCCUCCUGUCAGACCGCCUGCUCCAGCUGUUACACCUCUUGACAAACCACCAACUGCAGUUUAUGUUGGGAAGAUUGCCCCAACAGUGGACAAUGAUUUCAUUCUUUCACUUCUUCGGAUUUGUGGACCUGUCAAGAGUUGGAAGCGGACCCAAAAUCCAAGUAAUGGGAAACCCGUAGCAUUUGGCUUUUGUGAGUUUGAGUCUGCUGAAGGCAUACUUCGUGCUACUCGGUUGCUCAACAAAUUGAGCAUUGAUGGACAAGAACUCGUGGUUAAUAUUAAUGAUGCCACCAAAGAGUACCUGAAAAAACAUGUUGAAGGAAAAAAGAAGGCACAGGAGAAUGCCAAAGAAAAGGAAGAUGGAGGCGGGGAUGGAACUUCUGCUGCUGCUGAAAAUGAAUCAUUGAAGCUUGAUUCUGAUAAAACAGAUGAAACAGAAGAUGUUGGAGAUAAGGAUGAUCAAGAAAAUACUAAGAAAUUUGGGAUUGUUACAAAUGAAGAUUCUGAGGCGGAUAAGGAGGCUGCAGAACAAAUAAAUAGUAUGAUUGAAGAGUGGUUAAAGACUCGACCGCCGCCGCCGCCACCACCACCGCCGCCAGUUCAACCACUUGCUGAAAUCUCAUCCAAACAUAAUAAUGGAGAGUCUGGUGUAGACAUGACAAACACUGAUUCUGAAGACAAGAAUAAUGAUGACAUGGACAAAAGGACAUCUAAUGAAACUGAAAAAGCAGAAACUGGCUCGCCUGAUAGGAGGAAGGAUAGAGAACAUGAUAAGGACAAGCGAGAAAAAGAUAUUCAAAGAUAUGAGCGUGAGCGUGAGCGAGAAAGAGUCAGGAGAGAUAGAGACAAGGAACACAAGCAUAAAGAAGUGGAAAGGCUGUACAAAGAUCAUGUUAAGGAGUGGGAAUCCAGGGAAAAAGAGAAGGAAUAUCAAAGGCAAUAUGAGAAGGACCGCGAGAAGGAAAAAGAACGUGAACGUAGAAGGGAGAUCAUGAAGCAGGAAGAGGAUAGUGACGAAGAGGAUUCAAGGAAAAGAAGACGCAAGGGUAGUAGCACAUUUGAAGAGAGGAAAAGGAGGAGGCAACGUGAAAAACAAGAAGACUUGGCAGACAAAUUGAAAGAGGAAGAGGAAAUUGCUGAGGCAAGGAGGCGUGCUAUAGAGCUGCAACAGCAAGCAGAUGAAGCAGCUGCGGCGGCUGCGGCAGCCGCAGCAGAGUCUGCUACACUUAUGGAGGUUGAUGGUGAUGAUGAAAAGGAAAGUAAUGUGCAAAACAAGCCGAUUAAUUCAGAUGAUGAUAACAUUACCGGCUUUGCAAAUGGUGGUUAUGCAGAUGAUGGCACUCACAAGGACAAUAAUGGUGAUGAAGCAAGUACGAUACAAGGUCAAAUUCUAGAUAUCAAUCAAAAUAGCAAUGCACCAGCAAAGAAGCUGGGUUUUGGUUUGAUUGGCUCUGGAAAACGAACAUCUGUUCCAUCAGUUUUUGCUGAGGAUGAUGAUGAGGAUAAUAAGGAUAAAAAGAUAAGACCUUUAGUACCUAUCGAUUACUCCACUGAGGAAUUACAAGCUGUGGAGACAGAUUCUUCUGCUGGCCAACAGAAUAUUGUAGCAGCUGCUGAGUUUGCCAAGCGCAUCUUGGUAUCUAAUCAGAAGGAAGAGAAGCUUGAAAGUGAGAAGGAUAGGAGCAGGAGAUCCACUGAUAGGUUGAGCCAAAGGGAUAAAAGUCGAAAUGAGGAAGAUGGUGCUCGCAUCAGUGAUGAGAGAAGAGAAAAGAUGCAGGAUCGAGACAAAGAUAGGCAAGAUAAGCCCAAGUCAGAGAACAAGAAAAUUGUGGAUGCAAAACAACUGAUUGAUAUGAUUCCGAGGACAAAGGAAGAGCUUUUUUCCUAUGAUAUUAAUUGGUCAAUAUAUGAGAAGCAUGAGUUGCAUGAUAGAAUGAGGCCUUGGAUCUCAAAAAAGAUAGUUGAAUUUCUUGGUGAGGAGGAAUCAACUUUGGUGGAAUAUAUAGUCUCGUGCACCAAAGAUCAUGUGCAUGCGUCGAAAAUGCUGGAGCUCCUACAGUCAAUUUUGGAUGUUGAGGCUGAAAUGUUUGUCCUUAAGAUGUGGAGGAUGCUAAUAUUUGAAAUCAAGAAAGUUGAAGCAGGACUAUCAGGAAGAGGGAAGGCUUGAAGUUAUUUUUUUCAGGGAGGAAGGUAAGGCUUGAAGUUGAGGCAAUGAUCUUGUACAACAUUCUCUGUUUUUUUGUCAGCAACUGUGUUCUCACUUGUAGACUUCUGAGACAGCCUCCGAAAACAUUUGAGUGAGAUCAAGUUAGUGGUUCCCUAUAUGUUCUGAUGCCUAUUGUAGAAAUGUAUACAUGAACAGGUGAUACAAUAACAUUUGAUCUAAAGUUGUUGCAUGCUUGCGCA